GUCGUAGCCGGCCGGACUCAUAAAAGCCCCGGCGGAGCGCUGGGCAUCCCAGCCGAGCCGGAGAGGAGGCGAGCGGGAGGGAACCGCGACUGUCACUGCUCUCGGAGCAUCCCGGGGACCUCCUGAGUGGACGAGCCCAGCCCUGUGGAAGCUGCGGGUGCACCCUCCGGCCCCCGCCCCUUUCGAAGCGCUUGUGGAGCUUCACGCCCCGGGCGAGCGUUCGUCAUUUAGCACAAAGCACGUUUCCAAAAAGCAGCGCCAGGGAGAGCGCCUGGGCCGCGCUCCCGCGCACAAACUCCCUCUUUUCCUUUGUUUCUGGGGGUCGACACGCGGCUCUCUUCCCCAAGUCUGAAUUCUUCGCUAGGGGAGGGCUGCCGAGCCUAGGCUGCGAAGAUGCCCCUGGAGCUGACUCAGAGCCGGGUGCAGAAGAUCUGGAUCCCGGUCGACCACCGUCCCUCGCUGCCUAGAUCCUGUGGGCCGAAGCUGACCAACUCCCCGACAGUGAUUGUCAUGGUGGGCCUCCCAGCCCGGGGUAAGACCUACAUCUCCAAGAAGCUGACUCGCUACCUCAACUGGAUUGGCGUCCCCACGAAAGUGUUCAAUGUCGGGGAGUAUCGCCGGGAGGCCGUGAAGCAGUACAGCUCCUACAACUUCUUCCGCCCUGACAAUGAGGAGGCCAUGAGAGUCAGAAAGCAGUGUGCCCUUGCUGCCUUGAGAGACGUCAAAAGUUACCUGACGAAGGAAGGGGGCCAAAUUUCAGUUUUCGAUGCCACCAAUACUACUAGAGAGAGGAGACACAUGAUCCUUCAUUUUGCCAAAGAAAAUGAUUUCAAGGUGUUUUUCAUCGAGUCAGUGUGUGAUGACCCUACAGUUGUGGCUUCCAAUAUUAUGGAAGUGAAAAUCUCCAGCCCAGAUUACAAAGACUGCAACUCAGCGGAGGCUAUGGACGACUUCAUGAAGAGAAUUAACUGCUAUGAAGCCAGCUAUCAGCCCCUCGACCCCGAUAAAUAUGACAGGGACCUGUCCCUGAUUAAGGUGAUAGACGUGGGCCGGCGGUUCUUGGUGAACAGAGUUCAGGACCACAUUCAGAGCCGAAUUGUGUACUACCUGAUGAACAUCCACGUGCAGCCCCGCACCAUCUACCUGUGUCGGCAUGGCGAGAGUGAGCACAACCUCCAGGGGAAGAUCGGAGGGGACUCAGGCCUGUCCAGCAGGGGCAGGAAGUUUGCCAACGCCCUGAGCAAAUUUGUGGAGGAGCAGAACCUGAAGGACCUCAAGGUGUGGACCAGCCAGCUGAAGAGUACCAUCCAGACGGCAGAAGCCCUUCAGCUUCCCUACGAACAGUGGAAGGCGCUCAACGAAAUCGAUGCUGGUGUCUGUGAGGAGAUGACCUACGAGGAGAUCAAGGACACCUACCCUGAGGAGUACGCUCUGCGUGAGCAGGACAAGUACUACUAUCGGUACCCCACCGGGGAGUCCUACCAGGACCUGGUCCAGCGCCUGGAGCCGGUGAUCAUGGAGCUGGAGCGACAGGAGAAUGUGCUGGUCAUCUGUCACCAGGCUGUCCUGCGUUGCCUCUUGGCCUACUUCCUGGAUAAGAGCGCAGAGGAGAUGCCUUACCUGAAAUGCCCCCUUCACACCGUCCUGAAGCUGACACCGGUUGCUUAUGGUUGCCGUGUAGAAUCCAUUUACCUGAACGUGGAGUCAGUGAACACACACCGGGAGAGGUCAGAGGACGCAAAGAAGGGACCUAACCCACUCAUGAGACGCAAUAGUGUCACCCCACUAGCCAGCCCCGAGCCCACCAAAAAGCCUCGCAUCAACAGCUUUGAGGAGCAUGUGGCCUCUACCUCCGCUGCCCUGCCCAACUGCCUGCCCCCGGAGGUGCCCGCGCAGCUGCCCGGACAAAACAUGAAAGGCUCCCAGAGCAGCGUCGACUCCUCCCGGACACACUGAGGCAGACCCACCGGUUCCAUUCCAUUUCCAUUCCUGCAACUUAGGUAGGGCUCUCCCAUCCACCGAGGCUGACCAUACCAACAACUUCUCCCAGGAAGGGCCAGGUGGCCUAGAAGAGGGGUCUGCUGGUCAAUGCGAACCCAUGCCCCCAACAGCAUUGGGGUGGCCGAGACCCCAGCACACCUUUCCUGGUGUGCACAGAACCCAUGCCUCCAAGUCCAGCUGUGGCCACCCCCACCCAUGCUCUCCCCACUGUCCAGGGCUGUGUGGCCUCACUGACCCUCCACAAGGCUUGGUGAGGACAAUAGGCAGUGGAGGAGGUGAGAGAAGGCCUCGAGGAGGGGACAUCGGGCGCCUCUGUGCUGUUUUGUUUUGUGUUGUUUCUGUGAUCUUGGCCUGGAAUGUUCCCAGCUGGGGAGAUGACACUGGUCCCAGAAUCCUAAAAUUAAAGGAACCUAGAUCCCAGUUGCUGAAGGUUCAGGGAUGUUGAAAACUUUCACAAGGCUUGUUUGUGCAUCUUGGCCUGGGAAGUUUACCUGUGAAGAAAGGAUGUGUGCUGGGAUGGGGCCGGCCUGGAGAGCCAGUCUGGAAGUGCUGACAGAAAAGUUCCUGAGCUGGGGAUGCGUCAGCUAAGCAGUGACCCUCUGUAUGUCCACACCCUCCCAGGCCUGUGCUCGGCCUCUGAAGAUGUUGGACAGUCUAGCUGUGUUGGCAAGAGGAAAUAGCAUCAGGGCCUCACCCUCCCGGGGAGCUGUGUGGCCCUUCUGCCCCAGGCCUGGAUCAGAGGCACCUGAGACAUGGCUUCCCUGGGGAUGCUUGCUUUUGCAUUUUUUUCUGGCAGGACAUAUGACCUGAAAGUCACGCCUUCCUUUCAGGAACUUAGACGGUUGGGUUGUGUGCCCUUGGGAGCUGGAGCUCUGAAAGCAUGUGGGGUGUCGGGCAUGCCCAUGAGAUGGGGAGCUCAGAGGGACCCCAGUAAAGUGGCUGGGAGCAAGCACUCAGAUGCUUGCAAGACAGACCUUGGGAGAAGAACAAGGAUCCGGCCUCCUUCCUUCAGGACAUUCAUCACCUCCCAUAUUUCCCCGGUGGGGACAGUGGCCCAAGCCAGGCCUCACUCUACACCACUUCUUCCAAGAGGUUGUUCAUGGUCUCCCCGCAGGAUUCAGCUCAAUUCCGCAUGUUUUCUUUGAGCAUCUGCUGUAUGCCUAGCAUGGUGUUGGGUUCCUCGGGGAAUGUCCUCUCUUGUCCUAGUGGCAACUCUGGUAUUGGUGGGGGAUUCAAAGCAGGAAUUUUGGGAUAUGUGAUUCUAAAUACCUGUAGUUUGAUCUGCUGGUUUCUCCUUGGUGUCUCCAAGUACUGGGGGACGAAGAGGGUGUCCUGAGGCCCAGAAGAAAUGAUUUAGAGACUCAGUAGUUGUCAAAAUGACCCUUUAAAAAGCUGGUGCCAAAGGUCACUUUUCUUUCCUGCCCUCUGCUUUUGAGCCUGACAUCCCCACCCCUCAGCCUAUGAACUAGCUGAGUGGGGGUGGUGGGCAGGCUUGGACAGCUAGAGCUGGAAGUGGAGCUAUUUUUGUUUUUGUUUUGCUCAAGAGGAGCUUUUCGAGAUUGUACGUUUCUCUGAUUGGGCUUACGUGGGAAAUAGGACACACUUCAGAUACCAUACAAUCACAUUUGAGGUUUUCACACCAAAUCACAACCCCUGUCCCCUUACUUGGCAGUCUGCCCGAGAGGAUCUGUAUGCAUGUUAUAUGCAAUUAAAGACUUGGAUUAUUUCCCCUCUUUCCUGCUAUCUUGUGUCUAGUUGACACGAGUGUAUGUUUGUAGGUUGGUCGUAUUUUUAGACAGAGGGGCCUGCAGUUCUGCUCUUGAGAAUGACUUCAUUGUGUCCCACUUUCUGGACUCUUACUGCCGAUUGGAGUGGGGCUAUGUGAAGGUGCACGCCCCUCACCUCUCACAGCCUGAAGUCGGUACAAACGUAAAUGAAGCUUUGCCUCCCACAGGGCAUAGCUUGUAAGGGCCCGGGUGGGGCAGUAGAUAGGAGUAUGGAUGGGGAGGGGACCUGGGAGAGAGCAGAAGGCUGAGGAGGUGAAAGCGGUGAUCUGAUCUCUGAGGAGGCAUUGGAUGGAGUGUGUGGGAGCUGCAGGCAUGGAGUGUCUGCUACUUUAUUGCCUCUCACCCCCCACCUCCUGAAAAAUAUCUGGGACCAAUUUUUUUAACUUUGCUUAUUUGUUUUUGGGGAGGUGUAUCCCUCUCCUUUUUCUGUCUUGAGACCAUGGACGAAACUCUUCAUUUGAGGGGAGAAGAAAAACUGUUUGAACCACACCAAUGAUGAUUUUGUUUGUAAUACUUGAAAUUUAUUUUUUUAUUAUUUUGAUAGCAAAUGUGCUAUUUAUUUAUUUAAUGUGUAUAAGGGAGCUUGUAAACAGAAAACUUUUUAGAUUGGGUUUAUUGUUUAUUGGUUGGUUUGGGGCCUUUUAUGUGCGACUUACGACUUCUCUGCAUUCUGUAUUAAGUGUCUGAAUUAACUACCUGGGAUGAAGCUGUGCCAGCUUUCACACAGGGGCUGCCUUUCAGAAAUUUGUAUAUUUCGCAGUUGCCAGAACAAUAAAAUACCUGGUUGAAAUACA